AUGAAGUUUCAAAAUCCAGCCGAGGAGAACGCCAUGCCCACCUACAGAAUAAUGGAUGCAGACGGCAACAUUGUGGACAAUACCAGAGAUCCGCAAUCUGUAUCUGACGAUGAAAUCAUUCAGUGGUACCGGAACAUGCUGACUGUCAGCAUCAUGGACUUGAUCAUGUUCGACGCCCAACGGCAGGGGCGGACUAGCUUUUAUAUGGUCUCUGCAGGCGAAGAAGGUAUUGCUGUAGGAUCAGCCUCGGCACUAAUACCGGAAGAUGUCUGUUUCUUGCAGUAUCGCGAACAAGGGGUUCUCGUCCAAAGAGGCUUCACGCUGAAGGAAAUGAUGAGCCAAUUGUUUGCCAACAAAGACGACCACGGCAAAGGACGAAAUAUGCCUGUGCAUUAUGGCAGUGGUAAGCUCAACGUGCAUACGAUCUCGAGUCCUCUGGCGACGCAGAUCCCCCAAGCGUCCGGGGCUGCAUACGCGUUGAAGAUGCAGCGACUCAUAAACCCGAAUGUACCUCCGCGGAUUGUCGCUUGUUACUUUGGAGAGGGUGCAGCAAGUGAGGGAGAUUUUCACGCAGCACUGAAUAUUGCCGCCACGAAAUCAUGUCCUAUUGUCUUUGUCUGUCGCAACAAUGGCUUCGCUAUUUCGACAGCCAGCAUCGAACAGUACAAGGGAGACGGCAUUGCUAGUCGAGGAUUAGGGUACGGGAUUGAUACUAUUCGGGUAGACGGCAACGAUAUCUUUGCCGUGAGAGAAGUCAUGCUGGAAGCCAGGAAACGGGCGCUGGAAGGUGAUUGCAAGCCUAUCCUUGUGGAAGCCAUGAGUUACCGAGUGAGUCAUCACAGCACCAGCGACGACAGCUUUGCAUAUCGAGCCAAAAGAGAGGUGGAGGAAUGGAAACGAAGAGACAACCCCAUUACUCGACUACGCAAGUGGAUGGAGAAGAAAGGCAUCUGGGACGAGGACAAGGAGAAGGAAGCGAGGGCGUCAAUACGCAAAGAAGUGUUGCGCGAAUUUUCGGCCGCAGAAAAAGUCAAGAAACCGCCGGUACGAGCCAUGUUCGAAGACGUCUAUGAGGAAAUCACCCCAGAGGCUCGGGUCCAGAUGAAAGAACUCAAACGGAUAAUCGAACAAUAUCCGAAGGAGUAUAGCAGCAUUUCCCAGCAUGAAGGAGGAAUCAAAAGUCUAGAAGAGUGA